AUGGCUUCCUUUGCAACCACCAACACCGCCCUCAUCUUGCUUGACAUACAAAAAGGCAUCAUGAUGGGCAAUUUCCCAGACAAGACACCGGGAUUCGUCAGCAAAGCAGCCAAGCUACUCGAGGCCGUGCGAUCCGCCAACAAGUCUGGCAACAAAGCGCCCAUUACCGUUGUACAUGUAAAAGUUGCCUUUCGGCCCGGCCGACCAGAGCUCAACCCCGUGAGCAACAUGGGCGAGCGACUCAAAAAUGUUCCCGCCAACGUCUUUGUCGAGGGUGAUCAGUCUGUGGCCCUCUUUGACGAGCUUACCCUUGCCCCCAAGGCAGACGGAGCCGACGCUGCUGGGCAUGCAAGCCAAGACGACGUCUUCGUUACCAAGCGUCGUGUCUCUGCCUUGUCCGGCACAGACCUAGCCACUAUCCUGCGCGGGCGCGGGGUGGGCCAUCUCGUGCUGUGCGGCGUCGCUACUGCAGGCGCCGUGCUGUCAACCGUCCGCGAGGCUGCGGAUCUGGAUUACAAGCUUACCGUCCUCAAGGACCUUUGCUUGGACAAGGACGAAGAUGUUCACAAGCUGCUAAUGGAGAAAGUGUUCCCCGUGCAAGCCGAGGUAGUGGAAACAGACGAGUGGGUUACUCGAGGCUUUGCCUGA